AUGGAUGAACAAAAUGAUUUAAGAAUUCCUAUUUUAAAUGAUGAAUCUAUGGAUGAAAGCAAAAUUAUUGAAAAAAAAAAAAUAAUAAAAGAAGAAAAUUUAUUAAAUAAAAAUGAUACAUCUAAUAAUUCUGAUUUAAUAAAUAAAGAAGGUUCAAAAGAGUUGAUAUAUAAAAAAGGAACAAAAUGUAUAGAAAGUAUUGAAAAUGAUGAUUUAUAUGACAAAACGGAUCAAAAGAAAAGUGAGGAAAAUAGCGUUAUUUCAAAUGACAAUAAUUUAGAAAAAAAUAGUAAUAAUGGCUUAAAUAACGAAAGUAAAGGAGAGUAUAAUAAUAUUAACAAUUUAAAUAUCAGUGAAAAAUAUAAUAAAAGUAUGAGUUGUAUAGAUUCCUUAAAUAUUGAUCAAAAUAAAGAUGAUUCAAAUUUGAAUAUCUCAUAUUGUUAUAAUAAAGAAAAUAAUAAUGUAAAUGAUGAAACAUAUCAUAAAACUUCUCUUUUCUUAGAAGAAGACACUAAUCAAACAAAUAAUUUAUGUAAUAUUAAUGAUACAAUUCAUUUAUACAAUAUAACAGAAUUAAAUAGAACAAAUGAUAUACAAACUUUAAAUACAGUACAUGAGAAACAAAUUGUAAAUAAUAAAACUAUCAUAAGUGAAACAAAUAAUAUAAAUAUCACCAAUGAUAUAAACUCUCAGAAUUUAUACGAAAGUAAUAUGAAGGAUAAGAAAAAAACAAAAAAAAGUCAAUUAGUUAUUAAAAAUGAUAACAAUAAGGAAGAAAUUAUAAAAAAAGAAGAAAUGAGUAAGAAUGUAGAUAAUCAUCAUAUAGCGAAUGAUUAUUCAAGAAUAUCAAAAAAAAAAGAAGAAAGUAUUUAUAUAGAAAAUACAGAAAAUAAUAAUAGUGAAAAUGGAUAUAAUGAUAUAUAUAAUAAAAUAAAUUUAUCAAAUAAAAAAGAGGAAAAUUUAAAGAAUAAAAAAAAUAGCAAUAAUGAAUUAAAAGAUGAAAAUGAUUUUACUUCAAUUAAUAUGAAAAAUUAUAAAAAUAGAUUAGAAAAUUAUAGUGAAUUAAAUGAUUUUACAAAAAAAAGAGUACAAAUGGAAAUAUUUUUACAUAAUCAAAUUAAUUGUUACGAUAUGUUAUUAGAAAUUCGUAGAAGAGUGCCUUUAUGGGGGGAAUAUGAAGGAAAUUUUUUUUUUCAUUGGAGAAAAAUCAUGACAUUAAAUAAUGAAGAAUUAAAAAUAUUUAUAUUAAUAUUUAGGUCAUUAAGUAUAGAAACUAUUAAGCAUUUAGAUUUUUAUAUUUUGAAAAUAAUUAUAGGCGAACUGGAUGAAUUAAGAAAAGUUCAUGAGCCUAGUUAUAAGCCUUUCAUAUUUACAGAAGAUAAUAUGAAAAAUUGUGAUUUAACUGCUCAGAGGAGUUCUGAUAUUUAUGUUAAUAUGAAUGAAUUUAUACAACCAUGGUAUAUGAAAGAUAAUAAUAAAUCCUUGGAUAUCAAGAAAUUUUUAAAUUCAUUAGACAUUUUAGAAAAUCAAAAACAAAAAUCAUACAUUAUUCAAGCAAUGGAAAUACCCUUACAUAUUUUCGAAAUGUGCAAUAAAACAAGUAAAGAAGAAAAAACAGAAGCAGUAGAAGCAACACCUGAAAUAAAUAAAACUUCAAAAAAAGUUAAAAAAGAUAAUACUAAAAAAAGAGAAAAUAUUAAAGUGAAAAAUUUAAAUGCACCAAUAAAUUCAAGAGCGAAAAAAAGAACAGGAUAUUAUGCUCUUGAAAUCGAUGGUGUAAUUGCAUCGUUUGAAGCAAGAAAAGGAGUUUAUUAUGAUAAAUCAAGAAAAUUAUGGAGAGCAAAUUGGAAAGAAAAUGGUAAAAUACAGACAAAGGGAUUUUCAGUUAAUGAAUAUAAAUCCGUUCAAUUAGCUAGGCAAAAAGCGAUUGAAUGGAGAGAAAAAAAAGAAGCUGAGCUUUUAUUAUGA